CGGGGAAGCGCUGCCAGCCGGAGCAGUGGUAGCGGCGCGAAGGAGGCGCAGCCCGGCGGACCCGGCUCCGCUGCCCGUCGGCGAUCUCCCCGCGGAGGUUGGGGACCUGCUGCGGGGUGAUGGAGGAGCAUGGGUACCCUUCCUAUAGUGCCCGCAGCCCCGCUUGGGAGGAGCUGGAGUCCGGGAAGAUGGCCGGGGCCGAGUCGGGGACGAGCGGCGCUGGGAUCCCGCAGCAGCCCCAGCCUCAACCCCCGGCGGCGGCGGCGGGGCCGGCGGACGACUCGUCGGACAGCGAAGGGGAGCACGAGGGCCCCCAGAAACUCAUCCGGAAAGUGUCCACCUCGGGCCAGAUCCGCAGCAAGACAAGUAUAAAAGAAGGAUUACUACUGAAGCAAACCAGCUCUUUUCAAAGGUGGAAAAAGCGUUAUUUCAAACUUCGAGGUCGUACACUUUAUUAUGCUAAGGAUUCAAAGUCUCUAAUAUUUGAUGAAGUUGACCUGUCAGAUGCAAGCGUAGCUGAAUCGAGCACAAAAAAUGUCAACAACAGCUUCACGAUAAUCACUCCAUUUAGGAGGCUAAUAUUGUGUGCUGAGAACAGAAAAGAAAUGGAGGACUGGAUAAGCUCUCUGAAGUCUGUUCAGUCCAGAGAACACUAUGAGACCGCACAGUUUAAUGUGGAACAUUUCUCAGGGAUGCAUAACUGGUAUGCCUGCUCCCAUGCCCGACCUACCUUCUGUAACGUGUGUAGAGAGAGCCUCUCUGGAGUCACUUCUCACGGCCUGUCUUGUGAAGUGUGUAAGUUUAAAGCACAUAAAAGAUGUGCUGUCCGAGCAACAAAUAACUGCAAAUGGACCACAUUAGCCUCAAUUGGAAAAGACAUCAUUGAAGAUGAAGAUGGCAUAGCUAUGCCUCACCAGUGGUUAGAGGGUAAUCUGCCCGUCAGUGCCAAAUGUGCAGUCUGCGACAAGACUUGUGGCAGUGUUUUACGCCUGCAAGAUUGGAAGUGCCUUUGGUGUAAAGCUAUGGUUCACACUGCCUGUAAAGAUCUCUAUCCUCGUAAAUGUCCACUUGGCCAAUGUAAGGUAUCGAUCAUACCUCCAACAGCACUAAACAGUAUAGAUUCCGAUGGUUUCUGGAAAGCCACAUGCCCGCCAUCCUGUGCCAGUCCUCUUUUAGUUUUUGUUAACUCAAAGAGUGGAGACAAUCAGGGAGUAAAGUUUCUUCGUCGAUUCAAACAGUCGUUAAAUCCAGCUCAGGUGUUCGAUUUAAUGAAUGGAGGACCUCACUUAGGUUUGCGGUUAUUUCAGAAGUUUGACAACUUCAGGAUUCUUGUGUGUGGUGGCGAUGGAAGCGUGGGUUGGGUCUUGUCAGAAAUUGAUAAGCUCAGCUUGCACAAGCAGUGUCAGUUAGGAGUGUUACCCCUUGGUACCGGAAAUGACCUUGCUCGUGUCCUUGGUUGGGGAGGAUCCUGUGAUGAUGAUACGCAGCUUCCUCAGAUUCUGGAAAAACUAGAACGAGCCAGCACGAAAAUGUUAGACAGGUGGAGUAUAAUGUCAUAUGAACUGAAAUUACCAGCAAAACCUUCUAUUCUUCCAAUGACUGCAGAAGAGUCAGAGGAGUGUCAGAUAUCUGCUUAUGAGGACUCAGUUGCUGCUCAUCUUGCAAAAAUUCUCAAUUCUGAUCAGCACUCAGUUGUCAUAUCAUCUGCCAAAAUAUUAUGUGAAACUGUAAAGGACUUUGUUGCCAAAAUAGGGAAGACUUACGAAAAACCAAUGGAAAAUGCAGAGGAAGCUGAUGCCAUGGCCAUUAAAUGCUCAGAAUUAAAUGAGAAGCUAGACCUAUUGCUCCAGGCUCUUCACACAGAAGCCCAGGCUGCUCCCAUUCUCCCAGGCAUUGCUCCCCCCAUUGUGGAAGAAGAAGCAGAGGAGUUUUCAAGUGAAGAAUCCUUUUCUGAAAGUAAAGAGCAGUUAGUGGAGUGUGUCUCAAAGUCUUCCACCCAGAAACUCUUCAAAUCGAGGGAACAGUUAAUGCUUCGAGCAAACAGCUUGAAGAAGGCUGUGAGGCAGAUCAUUGAACAAGCAGAAAAAGUUGUGGAUGAGCAGAAUGCUCACAGCGAAGAACAAGUGAAUCAAUCUCCAGUAGAAUACAGCAAAGAAUUGGAUGAAUCCAAGGAAGAGGAAAAAGAGGAAGAUACAAAGGAACUUGAGUCCCCAUCAACUAAAACUGCACCAAGAUCUCCCGAUCGACGCACAAGCCGAGGUAUCCAUUCUCAGACAGGUUCCUUCUCUGCUCCAGCUUUGGCUACAAGCAAGGAAAACCUCCCAGUACUUAACACGAGGAUUAUCUGCCCAGGUUUGAGGGCUGGUCUAGCUGCUUCCAUUGCAGGAAGUUCUAUUAUUAGCAAAAUGUUGCUAGCAAACAUCGAUCCAUUUGGUGCUACGCCGUUUAUUGACCCGGAUCCAGAUUCCCUGGAGGGAUAUUCAGAAAAAUGUGUCAUGAACAACUACUUUGGAAUUGGGUUAGAUGCAAAAAUUUCACUAGAAUUUAAUAACAAGCGAGAAGAACACCCUGAAAAGUGCAGAAGUCGGACGAAAAACAUGAUGUGGUAUGGAGUUCUUGGCACAAAAGAGCUACUGCAGAGAACUUACAAGAACUUAGAACAAAAAGUUCAACUUGAGUGUGAUGGACAGUACAUCCCUCUUCCAAGCCUGCAGGGCAUAGCUGUGCUAAACAUUCCCAGCUAUGCUGGUGGAACUAAUUUCUGGGGUGGAACCAAAGAAGAUGAUAUAUUUGGGGCUCCAUCAUUUGAUGAUAAAAUCUUAGAAGUUGUUGCAGUAUUUGGCAGCAUGCAGAUGGCAGUCUCAAGAGUCAUCAAACUGCAGCACCACAGGAUCGCUCAGUGUCGGUCAGUAAAGAUCACCAUACUUGGUGAUGAAGGGGUUCCAGUGCAAGUCGAUGGAGAGGCAUGGAUCCAGCCCCCAGGAGUUAUUAAGAUCAUACAUAAAAACAGAGCUCAAAUGCUAACACGAGACAGAGCCUUUGAAAACACCCUGAAGUCUUGGGAAGACAAACAGAAGUAUGAUUCCUGUAAACCUGUCAUUCGAUCUCCCUUGUACCCUCAGCAAGCUGUUGAGUUGGCUACAGAUGAAGAAGUUGCGCAGAUCCAGCUGUGCUCACAAGCUGCAGAAGAACUUAUUACCAGGAUCUGUGAAGCAGCAAAAAUACAUGGCCUCUUGGAGCAGGAGCUUGCUCAUGCUGUUAAUGCAUGUUCACAUGCAUUAAAUAAAGCCAACCCAAGGUUUCCCGAGAGCCUUACCAGAAACACUGCCAUGGAGAUAGCUGUCAAUGUGAAGGCCUUGCAUAAUGAAACGGAAUCUCUGCUGGUAGGAAGAGUUCCUUUGCAGUUAGAAGCUCCCCAUGAAGAACUGUUGUCUGAUGCUUUGCACAGUGUGGAAAUAGAGUUGAGAAAACUUGCUGAGAUUCCUUGGCUUUAUUAUGUUUUUCAACCAAAUGAUGAUGAGGAUCCCCCUCUGGAUUAUACUAAAAGAAACAACAGAAGUACAGUGUUUCGUAUAGUGCCAAAGUUUAAAAAAGAAAAAGUUCAGAAGCAUAAGAGCAGCUCUCAGCCUGUUCAAAAAUGGGGCACAGAUGAAGUUGCUGCUUGGCUGGAUCUGCUCAGUUUGGGAGAGUACAAAGAAAUCUUCAUCAGCCAUGACAUCCGAGGCUCUGAGCUUUUACAUCUGGAAAGGCGAGAUCUUAAGGACCUGGGGAUAACGAAAGUGGGUCAUAUGAAGCGAAUUCUCCAGGGAAUUAAAGAGCUCGGCAAGAACACCCCUUUGUCUGAAGUGUAAUUAUGCUGGUGCUUUCCUUAGAGGGAGAAGGGAAAGUUGCUGGAGAAGCAGAGCUGUUGCAGGCACUUAGCUGUCUUUGUAGUUUACUCUAUGGAAGAAGAAGCACUGGUGUUUGUACAGGCUAGCAUCUCUGAAUUCUUGUGUGGUGAAGAACUUGCUGCAAGAGUAUGAAAGGAUUUGUGCCAAAAUAAAAAAAAAAAGGAAAAGAUGAUAUGUUCUACGAAGACAUUUUCUUGAUGUGCAGAUUGGCCAGUUUGGAUAAGCCCAGUUUGGUAAAUCGAUUGGUUGGUGGUGAACUGCACUGACUGGAAAAUAUAAUCAAGAAAUGAUUGCUUUGCUUACAUGCAGCUCAGUAUGCCUCUCUUUAUGCUGCAGCAAGAUGCCACUGUACAGCAUGAGGUCAUCCAGUUAUCCUUCCGAGGCACAGCUCCGUAAAACCUCCUGUGCAGGAGACCAAGAGGUUUUGAAGGUUCAACACGUGUGCCUGGCAGUACCGCAGGUAUCCAGCACUUGCUGGCCACACAGAAGGGGGAAGACACCUUGUGAUACCAUGAAUGCAAACUAUAAUGCAUGGUGUGCCUGCCUGAAUUGUCUGUUGUUCUGUUGCAUGACACAUCUGAUACUUUAAACACUUGAACAACUUUUAUAUCAGUUUGAAUGAGGUUUAAUUUAUUACUACUUGAGUGUCUUUAUUUUAUUUUUUUUUCAGUUUCAGGCACUUUCUGUUCCUCAGUGUUGUGUUUUGCCUAAAAUGUGUUCUACGGCAAAGGGUGUGGAAACUUAGCAUUUAUGCCAUAUUCAGCAGAUUAUAUAUGAUUGAAAUACUGUACAGUUAGAUUUUUAAAUAUAUCAUGUACAGAAGGUUUAUCAGGUAACUAACUUAUGAGAAUUUUUGAAAGACCGGUACCUCACAAAAAUAUCAAUUGGCUUCCUGCAUGGAAAAUGAUAAUAAAUUUUCUCAUGGUGCAUUUUAAUAUAGUUAUUCAGUUGUCUUAAACAUCUGUAGCAUAUUUGAACUUCUAGGCACUAAUGGUUUUAUUUAUUGUAUUGUUCAAAAAGCAGGUUAAAAGACUAAUGAAAUUUUUUACCAGAAAAUUUAAUUUUAUUUAUCAUACAUAUGAAGAGAUUUAAAAUGUAGCAGCUGAUUUGAUUUUUGUGGGGUAAGCUUUUACUCAUUACUAAUUAACUAUUAAUUUAAAAACACAUCUGUAUGCAUUUCUUUAAAAAGGCAUCAGUUUGUUUCUUGACAGCACUCCUACAUCAGUAGACCAUAAAAAAAUUAGGAAAAUCCAAACUCUUAAGGUUUUACACUGUGCAUGCUAAGAUGAAUCACAUGUAAGACAGUAAUCCAUGAGAGUAAACAGCUUAAAAAAUGAAAACAAUGUUUGUUUAGAAAUUGCGCUAGACCAGAAUUUGUAAGGUUAUUUACAGUUUACUUAAAUGAAACAUAGGUUCAUAAUUGAAUUUCCUGGUUAAUUUUUCACAGAAGUAUUAAUCUAGUAGAAAAAUAAUUUUCAGAUAUCUCCAAAAAAAAUCCUACUUAGAUUUUUGAGGUGAGAUGACAUUGCACCACCUGACAGAAAAGUUGCACAGAAUUGCUGUCUCCUUGCUGUUCCUAGCAAUGUGUCAUUUCAGCACAAGGAGCACACUUGACUUUUACUUAAUUGAGUAGCUUUAAUGUUUCUUGCACGUUAAAGAGUAUCUUAAUAUCUAUGUCUGUUUUCCUCAUGAGUAAUGUUUCAUUUGUUUUUUGCCAAAGCUUAUUUCCUCUGUAUAAAGGGGCCAAUGUCAAGUACUGCAUCCUGGUUUUGCCCUCCACUUCUCAUGCAAAUGCUUGGACUUGGUCCUUGGCAAGUAGACAGGACUCAUCCCCUGGAAAGUAAAAUCUAGUCUCCUCAUUGUUUUAUGGGAAAAAAAAUCAAAAGGAGCAAAACAGGCUUAAUUUAUAUCCAACUGUAUUUUUUUGUGCUCUUGCUGCUGUAGGUUCAGCAGGCACCACUCUGGGUUCUCUGUGUAUAUAACUAUUCUGGUAAACAAACAAAAGUAAAAAGCUAUGUUCUGUUAUGUUUUCCAUAAAAAACAAACCAAAAUGCCUUUGCCAAAUUAUAUGAUUUUCAUGGUGUUGUAUGAAAAUCAUAUGCAAAAAAUGGAAAGUUAUGUAAAUGAUGGAAAGUUUGUGGGGGUUUUUUUUGUUUGUUUGUUUUUGUUGGUUUUUUUUAUUUUGAUGUACUUGAUAUUCACCCCUUUAAGGAUGUUCAGAUGUCAUCUGUCAAGUCUUCAUGAGUUUUAUUUCCUUUUCUCUUUGGUUCUCCAUAUGCUUACUGUAUUUUAAUGUGUGGCGGCAUUCUAGUAUAUUGAUGUUACAGUAGACUACGUAGUUAAUCUUCCUGGUCAAUUCAAGGACAUAAUAUAUAGAAGAACUUCCUUUGCUUUCCUGAUUGUAGGAUGUGAUUUCUUUACAGCUUUCAGCCUUGCUAUGUGCAAUGCAUUAAGACAGACUAUGGAACAGGAUCUCUUCAGGUCACUGUAGAAGUGUAUGCUGAGUAUAUUAAAAAAUGGGAGCUGCUUUUAGGCAGGGAAAAUGGGCAAAUGUUGUUUGUAACAACUUUCUUAUGGCACUCCUCAAAUUACCUCAGUAUAGGACAACUGAUCAAUGAUCUAUGUAUAGUUCAUUUUUCUAAAUGACCACCAAAGAAUUUAACUUUGAUUGUCCUAAGCAGGUCUUUUUUAACGCAUGAGUAGAAAAAAAAACUGCAUCAUUUAUGCUGUAUUUAUUAGAUACCCAGGAGAGCAAAUUUUAUGCAACUCUAUGCCUUAGACUUGUGUUGACUAUGAAGUGCAAAUGCAUCUGACAGGGAGGCUCAAAAUAUUUAAUGGGGGUUCUCUGCUGAGGUCAUGGAUUUUAAUUGUGUUUUCUAAAGAUACAAUUGUGGCUUUUCUAAAGACAGUGUUACUCUCUCAUGAUUAUUCUAAUUUCCAAGUAUUGGUUUUUUUCCCUACUGCUGUAAAAGUUCCAGCUCCUAGAACUAAGAACAUAAAUAGCUACAUAUUUUAAUGAACGGUAUUCUUUCUAAUUUAAUCUUGAUGUUAAAAAUGCUUCAAAGCAUGCAUCCCAGUAUUUCAACAGAACUAAGGUAAACACAUCCCUAAAAGCAGUUAGUUGUUUAGAAAACGAGUUAUCAUAAUAGAUCUUGUGAAGCCUGAUUCAGCAUGCUAGAUUUAUGAAGACUAUCAUUAUACAAAGUUUACUGGGUGAAAUUUUUUUCCUGCUAGGUAAAUACAUGUGAUUUAUGUGGUCAGUCAGCAUACCUUAAAAUAUGAAAGGAAUACAGAGUAAUCUGAAUUUUUUUGGGAGUGGAUGAUGAUAUUCAUAUAGAUUAAAAGCUCAACAUCUCAGAGAGGGGAAAAUGAGAAAUGCAUGUUUUAAAAUGGCAGCAGGUUACAAAAUGCAUGUUUCUGUUUUGUCAUUUUCAAAUAGUAUUUUCCCAGUUCACUGGAUUCAAUUGCCGUAGCAACUUCUGAUUUGGGUCAUGCAGAUUUUGCCUUUAUAAUGCCUGAUACCUUCUUCUUAGAAACGGAAUGAAAUCAAGCAAACUUGUGGUUGUAGGUGUUAGGGAUUUUUUACAAUACUUUAAAGAAAAACAAAAAUUAAUUUUUCUUAUAUAAUGGGAAGUGCAAAUUUUCUUUGAUACAUUUUUAUGUAUUUUCCUUAACCGCUCUUUUUUUUUCUCCUACAUGUCUUUUUCUUUCAAAGAAAAGUAUUUUAAACUUGGAAGAGCAGUAAAAUGAAAAGCGUAUGAUCAAAACCCCUCCCAGACUAUCUCAAUCCAGUAUUUCUUGUUUUGGGACUGGAGCAAACAUGCUUAGUCCUGUAAAUAAUAAAUAGAAAUCAUCUUUAUCUCUCUUUCCCUGCCCAAAGAAAUUCAUACUGCAAUGUUGUAUAACUGUAAUUCAAAUGAGAGGAAUUGAUUUUUUUUUAAAUAAAAGUCCAUUUCAUAUUUUCCUAUUCUUUUUGUAGAGAAAUAGAUAACCUGCCAAUUUUACUUUUUAAUUGGACUCAGCAAUGCUAAUUCACUUAAUAAAAAUUUCAUAAUGCCUUGAUAAUUAACAGAUCUUAUUUCAAGGGUAAAAUUAUCAGUGUUUUUCAAUGCAUCUGGUCUUCAUUUUGGGAAGACUGGCAGGAGAAACCUUUUUCACACAUAAUGGAAAAUUAAUAUAUAAAGCAAACAUGAGAGGAUGUUCCGUAGUCCUACUGUAAAAGCAGUUGUAAAACUAGAUAUUAUCCAUAGCUAUAAUUCCACAGGGGACAUGUAAGACAAAAAGCCCCACAGUGAUUCCAUUUUGCUUUAUACUUCCUAUUAAUGAUUGCAUUACUAAUGUUUACUACUGUUUCUGCAGUUCUGUCUCUGCGCCCCUAAGUAUUAAGUUCUUGCACAUAAGUUCAACAGUUCUGGUAACUAAUAAUUAGCAGUGCAAAAAGUCUUUGUGAAAGGUCAAGUCACAUGAGAUGUAAAUUGUUGAGGAUAACCGAGCUGGAGCAAUUUAUUUAACUUACAACCAGGAAAUGAUCACGUCACUCAUAUGAGUAAGUGCGAGCCACAGAGAAUCAUAUGAGUAAUUCUAAAUUUAUUUUUUCACCCUGAUAAUGUAUGUACCUCUCAACUGCAGCUCUCCCAUAUUUUUUAUUCUGUUUUCAUGGGUUGUAUGUUUUGUGGUAUGAUUUUCAUACCAUCAAGGUUUGAUGCUGCUUAUUCUAACUGCGAAGAUUUAAUGUUUGCAGGAACUGUACAUGACUGUGUUGCUGUCUUAGGUAAAGGAAUGAGUUUUUGAUGACUUGAGGAAGCUGAGGAGUUUGGACAGGAUUUAAAAUAUCUCUGCUGCCUCUUCAGAGAUGAAUGGCAGCGUCAGUGGGAUUGAUAAAACAUCAUUUGGUAAUUAUCAGUAGAAAAUCUUUACUGGUUGUUUGAAUUCCUGUAUUUAUAUGUAGAAUAUUGUGUGGAACUUGAUCUUUUUUACAAAAAGAAAAAAAUUUUCUAGUUGUUUUCUACUACUGUUGCAUUAGGUUUAAUAGCUCUGUUAAGUGUUAGUUUAUGUACUUGAAAUGCUCAUUUCUGCCAUACAGAAGCCCAGUCUGUUUCUCAGAAAUUAUAAUCCAUUUGGAAGCCAUCUGGAGACUUUCAGAAGACUAUUUCUGUAGCCAGUUGGAGCUAAUACCAAAAUUCAUAGUAACUUCUGUAGGCUUAAUAGUGAUUGCCCUUAAUAUUUUAACUGAAAAAAAAUAUUUUGAAGGGUUUGUAGUUUUUUUCAGUCCAUGGAAUUAAACUUAAAAUGUCACUCCCUCAUCAUAUAUAAAUAAUAAAAUAUUAGCACUGUUAACACUUUUGCAACCUAGCAGAAUGCUGAUGAAUACAGACCCAAAAGCAUUCCUGGACAAAUUGUAGUCAGUUUAGCUGUAGCGGUUAAAGACCUACCUCAGAGCAGUCAACAGAAAAUUCAUAAAUGUACAUGGUAGAAACAUCUAUUUUAAAUAAUUCAAGACCUUGUCUCCCAGUUGACAAAAACUUGAUAAGCUCUUUGAUGGGAUUUUGAGUUCAUAUAACCUAUUGCUUAUAUUAGUGAGGGCAGAAGCAGCUGGUGCGUAAUCUAUGUUUAACUCCAGUCAUGUCUUUACUAAUGUUCUCAUGCUGCUUCCCAGCUUCUGUGUCUGAAUGACAUCCCAGCUUCUUGGCAAGCUGAGAUCCUUGCUUGUCUCUCUACUGUUUCUGUUCAGAAGAGCUGUACAGGCAGGCUAGGAAAAAGUUGUAGGGUGCUCCAAGAUCAAGACUGACCAAGGCUUCAGGCUCCAAAGGGUACCAUAGCAAUGGUAGGCUAAAAUCCUCUUGCAAUCCCUGCUGAAAGCUCUCUCUAAUGAUUACACUAACUGCUGGAAUGCCCUUGGAAAGAGAAGUAUUUUGGCUAACUCUACAGGCUGUGUAAGACUACUGAAAAUAAUGAAAAUUAUGGUAGCUAUUAGUAGGACAAGUAUGCAAGUGACCAAUCAAUGUUUUAUUCUAUGGAACAAAUACUUUGGAAAAAUCUAUUUAUAAUAUGAUUCAGAGACUAGUGUUAGGAUUGAAUAGCUCCUGAAGGUAAAAGCAAUAUGGUACAACGUUCAAAGUAAUUUGGAAUUAAUUUUUUCCAAAAUCAUUGGAAUCAACUGUUUUAGGAAGCUGUGUUUGAUCCAGGUAUAACUGUAUGAGAGCAUGUGAACUGGAGGGUGAAAACAGGAAGAAAUAAACUAAAAGUAAAAUUAGAUAGUUUGUUUUCUUUAUGGAAACUGUGUGAAAAGCCAAAAAUAAAAUCUGCACAGUGCCCCAAAUCCCUACUAUGACUAUUGAAAGAGAAUUAGCAAUUAUACUCCCAAUUUUAUUAAACUAAAGUAUUAAUUAGAUAAAAAACAGUUUAAUAAAUAACCUGACAACAUCAUUAACGGGGAAAGAGUUAUAGAUAUAACUAUGUUUUUCUCCUGCUGUUUGUUGAAGUAAGCUCUGUUUGGGACUAAAUUCUCUUUGCUGUCACAGUCAAUUAUUUUGUGAAUGGGGAGGUUGAGGAAAACUGUUUGAAGCUGCUUAGUCUUGAUUUUCAGUGAGGGAGAGCACGUGUGCUGACAAGUAGAGUCUAGGGCCUCGUAAUGAGAAUUUUAAGGGUACAAGAUUUUCCACUUGGACAGUUUAGGAAGGUUUACAACCAGCACACAGGCAUGCAGAUACUGUGAAGGUUCCUAGUAGCACUCUCCUCUCAUAAGAUGCCAUCUUUAUCUAUUGAAAUAGGCAUUUGGACUGUACCGCUUAGCCAGAUUCCAGAGGAUUUUCUACAGGCAUCUGUCACUUGUGGUGUCUGUACUUUCUGUCCUGGUUUACUGUCUCCUUAAAUUGUGCACCUGGAAAAAUGCAGUUGUCCAUAUAUGACAAAAAUAACGAUUUUUCCCGUGAAGGAGCACAGCUGGGGAACCUGUCCUGAAAUAAUUUGUUUCAUUAGCCACCCUUUUACACCAUAUCCUUACAAUCCUAAAAGAGCUGAAACAUGGCACCUCCCUAGAACUGCCAGUUACCUUAGUAAUUUAUGUGUGUUGAGGGGAUCAUCAAAGGGCAAGGUAAUAUUUGCAGUGACAGAUGAGAUAUGCAAUAGAUGGGAUUUGUACAUAAAAGAGUACAAGCUGUUGAAGUGUUUCUGAAAGGUGAAGAGGGCCUGAUCUCUGUACCUCACCUCAGGUCCUUCUUUGUUGCUGUCACUGCACACAAAUAAUUUCAUGUCAUCCAAUACUAGCAGCUACUUCUCUUAAUUCACAGUGCUGGCAAACAUAUUAGUUAGUACUAACAAACUUCUCACUAUCACAUCUGUAUGUCUAGAGCAGGUAUCUUUAAAUGUCAAGCACUAUGGAAUUGCAUGAAUGUAUUUUUAGUGUAUGUUCUGGCAUUUAAAAGAGGUAGAUUUCAUCUAAAGGUAGUCUAAAGGUUCUGAGAGGAUUCCAGCCCAACAUGAGUGGUUUCUGUCAUUAGCCAGGCUUGUAACUUAAGCUAGUAUUCUAGUCAAGUACAACUGUUAGUUAAUUCUAUAAUAACAUCCACUUUAUGUGCAUGAGUGAAUGGAUAAAGUGCAUGUGGAAGUCUUGCAGAGACCUAAUUUUCUGCCUAACUCAUAUAUUUGGGUCUGAUAGCAGUUUGUAGCAAAAAGCUGAAACACAUGAUUUCCAAUUCAAUGAAAAGGAAAACAUAUAACUUGAUUCGUACUGGUUUAGAUAAAAGUUGGUGUGCACUCAGUAGUUUCUGCCCUUUCUUUCCCCUUGUUCCUGUUCACUCCAUGAGAAAAUUCAUCAUCUUUGCAAACAUCUGUUGGGACUUAGGCAUGUGCUUGUCUUUAAACAGUACUUUAGUCCUCCUUGAAGCUUGUUCAUGUAUUUCAAUUUUAGCCUUUACAUGUAAGCCUACAGGUGAUUUGGCUAGGGGGAAAUUGCUCCUCUCAUAAAACCGAUCAUCAGAUUGAUCACUGCUAGACUUUUAAAUGCCACACCUAUGAAUGUUGUUCUCUUGCCAGUAUUUGCGCGUGGAUGUGUGUGGAUAUGUAGUAUCUAGUUUGCAGGGUGUAUGUGCAAGCACACCUGUACAUAUAUUUGUAUAUACAUACCCUGGUUUUGCCCAAUAUAAUGAUGCCAACUUGUGUGUAGAGCCAAAAAAAAAACUAUACAGUGCUUGAGAUGCUGCAUUGUUUUUAUUAUAGUAUUUUUUAUAUCAGAUGAAUUUCAGGAUGUUUACAGAUGCUUAUUAAUAUUUAACUUAUACAAUGGAGUGGCAGGAUGUUUAUGAUUGUUGUCAGCUAAAGAAUUGUAUAUGAUUCUGGGUGAAAUUUUGGCUUUUAUGAAAUCCUUGGCAAAACUCCCAUUGAUCUCACUGGGGCCAAGAUUAAACCUCUCUGAAUCUAUUGUUUACUGGCUAUUUUCCUACUGUGAUAAUUUUUUUAAAUGAGUGAAAUAUAUUUAUUUUUUCCCAAUGUGAAAUCUGCAGUUACUAUUUGGAUUUUUCUACAGAACCUGAAAACUACAACAUAGAUGGGAAUAAAUGCCUCAGAGAAUGUACAGAAUUUUUCACUGAUCUGGUCCUUGAGUAUGUCUAAGAAAACACCUUCUAAAAUAACUUUUGUAAGAUUUAAUACAGAUCUAAGAAGAGAUCACCUUUCAUACCUCUCUCCUCAAAGAGGGAAUGCAAUGUGGCAGGUGAAUAUGAAGACGUAUUAAUUGAGGAAUAAAAAGUAGUCCUGUCUGAUUUGCAUACCUACUGAUUUCGUGCAGUUCACCUGGCUCUGCGGAACUGGAAUGAGGCACUUGAGGUACCUUAUCCGAAAGUACCUUAUUGGGGAAAAAAAUGUUAUAUUGUAAGUAUGUGGCUUUAAAUGUCUUGUCAAGACAUGGAGGUAUCUUCAGAGCUGGUCUUUUGAAUGACUUUUAAUAUUUCACGGAUGAAUUAAAAUGAUGAAAAUAUAAAGUGGUAAGACAAAUCAGACAACUGCUUGACAUUAGAGAAAUCACUUGUCUAGACACAGAAGGAUCAGUUCUUUAAUAGCACAAGGGAGGAAAAACACCAUAAUGCAGUGCUUCCUAAAUCCCUUUCCAGGGUAUCUUUUAAUUGUGUGUGCUCUAAGUAUAUUCUUCCUGUAAAAAGACAUAAGGCUGUGAAACAGCUAAAUAGAUGCAUCCUAAUUUCUUCAUCUAAGGCUAAAAAUAUAAUUUUCAAACAAGAGCUGUCAUGCACUUUGAAAUAUAUGUGUUGGGAACAGGUAAGUUUAUAUUCAUUAUAGUCAUCCCCAGGGAUAGUCGGGAGUUGUAAAAUGAGGUGGUUAUGCCAAGGUUAUCGAAAGCUGAAGAAAUAGCAAGGCAAACAUUCUUCUUCAUGAGGCUCUUUCUGAAGACAUCUGUGCAAAUGCCCACCACUUCCAGAAAUCUUUUCCUAUAAUUUUGUUUAAGAAAGGAUCAUAUUCAGAUUCCCAUUCUUCCCCUUUCUACUAAGGAAGGAAGUAUGCACCUUGGUUGAACUUCCCAGGAGUUUGUUGGCUUUAGGAACAGACCUCAAAAGAAUAAAUAGUCAAGGCAAACAGUAGGCUUGUGGAGGAUAUGCAGGGCUCUACCUGGGCUCACCAGUCUGCUAAUGUGGAUCUGAUUACAAAUUUGUGGGGAAGAAACUUCUAUUAUGCUCCUACUCCAAUUGGUGGCUAGUGGGAGCAGAUGGGCACCGAAGAGAGUAGACACCUUUCCUUCUGCGUGUUGGUUAUCUUUCUGCAAUUCAGGGCUAGAGUUCAGGACACGUGUAUUUGUCUGAAAGGCCAUGUGAUACAUGAGGAAAUGAGGAAGAAGUAGCUGGAGAUCUGGAUUCUGCCUUUAUUUCCUGCCAUGGAGCUGGUGCAAGACUGGGGGCGACUCAGUUAACCUUUGUGUGCCUCACUUUCUCCACUUGUGGGAAUAAGGAUGCUCUUCACCUCUGUACAGCCCCCUCAAGACCUAUAGGAGAGCAGUGUUAUAUAAGCAGCUAAGUUUUACCGACACUAUUAUAUGUAGUAUAAAUAAAUUACUUUUGUCCGUAACACUCCAAGAAUUGCUUUUCCUAGUUCCAGUUCUCUUUGAUGACCUACUAUGUCCUGGGUAGUCAGUUCUGAAGCUUAGCAAUUGCUCUAAUACUUAAAACUACACACAUAGCAGGCUCUAUUUGCUGCAGAAAAGAGUAAAACUUUAAACUGCCUGACAAAACUUGCCAAUGAAGUAUAUCUAACAGAGCAGGGGUGUAACUUAUGGCUUUAUUUACUUGUAAUAAUGGUAAGGAACAGUGAAUUUUGUUUGUUUACAUACUGUUUACAAUGGCACAGUUUUAUUUUUAAUAUAUAAAAACAACUGAGGUAUUUAUUGCAUAUACUAUUUUAAAGAUGUUUUAUGUGUUUUCACCUUUGGAAUAUAUUGUUACAUUUCCUUGUACAGAUAAUUUGGGUGGCUUUGUUAAUAUAGCUAGUAAUUUUUAUGACUACUAAGUGACCAGUUUUCCGUGCCUUUUUAUUGUUGGAUGCAUGAUUAUGUAUUUAUUACUGUAUGGAAGUCACUGAGAUGUGUAUUUUUGUAUUCUGAUGGAAGCAAUGGUUGAUUUUAUUGUACAUGAUAAGAGAUGCCUUCCAUAAUGGGCACUCAUAUGAGAUCUUCCUUCUCAAAUAAACAGAAUGCAUUCAAUGUAUAUAA